GCGUCUUGGAUCACAAAUAGGGAUGCAGAGCGCAUGCGCACUGCUCCCCGUUUACUGUAUGAUUUUCGCCGUGGUGGAAAAAAGGGGGGCAGGCAACAAUCGGGAUUUUUUUUUUUUUAAACCAGCGACAAAAGACGACGAAAUAAUCUCCAGGGGGAUGUGAAAACGGACCCUUACCAACAGGUACGGUUUGGAUCGAUCACCCGUCAUCACCUUUUUUCCCGUAUUUUUCUUUUUUUUUUUUUUCUUCUUGUGUUUCCUGGAGGAUUCUGACAUGGUCUUGUCGACGCUGUUGUGUUUUAUCUGAAGCAGUGACAGAAAGAAAAAGAAAAAAAACACUGGGAUUGCUUUGCUUCAUGUGACAAUCGAAGGAGGCUUUUUAUUUUUUUUUUAAGAUAUAAAUAAACCGUGUGAUGAGACAAAGGAACAAAGGAUGCCUUAAAGGAGAGGUUGCCUACAUGCCCGGAAACCUCCUCAAAGCCCACCGCAGCCAAAUGGAUCUAAUGCCUCCCCCCGCCGCCGCCGCCGCAGCCGCCGCCGCCGCCACCACCGCCGCCUCCAGAUCAUGAUACUCGGCUGAAGCUAUCCCCGCUUAUCUUUAUGAUCCCUCCUCCAUCUAUGGCGAACUAUAGCCAUGCAGGGGACCACACCAUCUUGCAGAAUGUCUCUCCUCUCGCCACCUUCCUCAAACUGACCUCCCUGGGCUUUAUCAUCGGCGUCGGCGUGGUGGGGAACCUCCUGAUCUCCAUCCUGCUGGUCAAAGACAAGAGCCUGCACCGGGCGCCUUACUACUUCCUGCUGGACCUGUGCGCCUCCGACAUCCUGCGCUCGGCCAUCUGCUUCCCCUUCGUCUUCACCUCGGUCAAGAAUGGCUCGGCGUGGAGCUACGGCACGCUGACGUGCAAGGUGAUCGCCUUCCUGGGCGUGCUCUCCUGUUUCCACACGGCCUUCAUGCUCUUCUGCGUGAGCGUCACGCGCUACCUGGCCAUCGCCCACCACCGCUUCUACACCAAGAGGUUGACCUUCUGGACCUGCCUGGCCGUCAUUUGCAUGGUGUGGACGCUGUCGGUGGCCAUGGCCUUCCCGCCCGUGCUGGACGUGGGCACCUACUCCUUCAUCCAGGAGGAGGACCAGUGCACCUUCCAGCACCGCUCCUUCCGGGCCAACGACUCGUUGGGCUUCAUGCUCCUCCUGGCGCUCAUCCUGCUGGCCACGCAGCUGGUUUACCUCAAGCUUAUCUUCUUCGUCCACGACCGGCGAAAAAUGAAGCCCGUCCAGUUCGUGCCCGCCGUCAGCCAGAACUGGACCUUUCACGGGCCCGGCGCCAGCGGUCAGGCGGCCGCCAACUGGCUCGCCGGUUUCGGCCGGGGCCCGACUCCGCCCACUUUGCUGGGAAUCCGGCAGAACGGCAACGCGGCGGGCCGCAGGCGUCUCCUGGUGUUGGACGAGUUCAAAACGGAGAAGAGGAUUAGUAGGAUGUUCUACAUCAUGACCUUUUUCUUCCUGGGGCUCUGGGGGCCUUAUCUGGUGGCCUGCUACUGGCGGGUGUUCGCCAGGGGUCCCGUGGUGCCGGCGGGCUACCUGACGGCCGCCGUGUGGAUGAGCUUUGCCCAGGCCGGGGUCAACCCCUUCAUCUGCAUCUUCUCCAACCGGGAGCUGCGGCGCUGCUUCAGCACCACGCUCCUCUACUGCCGAAAAUCCAGGUUACCGAGGGAACCCUACUGCGUUAUAUGAAGGUUUUUAACCCCGCCUCCCUUACCUUCACUUUCGCCCCCGUUUGAUCCGGGCUUUUCCCCCCCUGUACAGCUCUCUCUCUCUUUCUCUUUGCUAGCUUUUCUUCUCUUCAUCCCUCCUUUCCAGCAGCCAACCUCUGUUGGCGAUUGCAUCCCAAAAUAAAAAGGAGGCCCGUGGAGUACAACAGGGCGCCGUGUUCCGCCCCUUGUUGUUUGGCGGAAGGCCAUGCCCGUUGCAGAGAAGCAAAAACGCAGACAAUGAAAACGCUUUGGAUUUUUUUUUGUCUCUCUCCGUCUCUCUUUUUUCCAAGAUGCAUUAUUUUGUGAGGUGUGAACUACAAGAAAACGAGAAGCGGAAACAAACAAAAACAAAGAAUACAACAAAGAAACGAUACCUCUCAAGGAAUCACUGGAAAUGUUUUCUAUUUUUCAGAGUUGCACUACGAAAAAAGAUGUAAAGAUUUUGGUUGCAAAGACAACAAGCCCCUUUUUUCUCCCCCCCCCCCCCUCCAUACUAAACGAUGAAUGCUUUAAUUUGCAACAGACUACACACACAAAAAUCGCUGUAAGUAAGGCAAACGUGUUGGAAUCACACCAUCACCAGAGGAUGAAAUGGUUUUAAUGUAAGUGGUAACUUAUUUUUAUUUACCAACCGGGGCGGGAUUGGGGGUGGGGCGGGCUUGAUGUGUGUGUUUUAUUUUUUCGAGACGGGAAGUUGAAACUUAGAAUGGAUCUCUUGAAGUUUUAUGUCCCUGAUAGUGUCUGCCAUUGUUAUUUUCUGAUCACCUUUUACAGCGUGGAGAAGAAAAUGCAGAUUUUUCUUUGCUUCGGGGAACAAAGUUGUGCUAGAAAAAAAAAAAAGACAUUUGAAGAUAAAUGUGCUCAUCAUAUCCAUGUACCCUCAACACUACCGACCGAUGCCACUCCGGGUGUUCUUGCCUUAAUGGUUACAAUGCUAAUUGUCAUCUUAGUUCAUCUCCUAUCAAGUCAGUCCUUGGAUGCAAGGGGGUUAUUUAUUAUUAUUAUUUUUUUUAAUCACAUGAAGUGCAUGUCCACUUUUUUUUUUUUUACAGUUGUCUGAGAUCGAUCGCCGCACGCUCAGAGCACAGGCAAUGAGUGUGUACGUGUGCGUGUGUAUGUGUGUGAGCAUCAAACACUUCAAGACCAGAGCCUUAGUAUGAUAUCUUGCACAAUUUGUAAAAAACAAAACAAACAAACAAAAAACUGAGAAAAAGUCAAAAGACAAAAAAAGGGGGACAUGUAAGGCACAGUCUUGUUUCUACUUUCCCGACAUUUGCUCUCUACGGAUUGUUUUCAAUUAUAAUUCUUUCUCUCUCUCUCUCGUGGCCAUUUUUUUUUUUU